GGUUAUGGGAAGCGUGAGUAAACCCGGUCAUGAGAGUUUGCUCUUAGCUAGUAGUUUAAAAUGUGUCAAUUUGACAUUCUGCACUGACAGAUGCGGCGAACCGGAACCGCAGUCACCGUUCUGUUAGGUGUUUGUGCUUAUUACGCGACCUUUUACUACGAGCCGAAAGAAGCAGAAAACAGAAUGUCUUCCACUCUUCCCCGUCAUGUCAUCUGGGAGUCAGAGGGGCUGGUAGCCUACCUUCACCCCCGGCCCUGGACCCCGGGCUCUGUUAUCCUUGAGAGCAGCACCCCUGGCAGCCCGGGAGGAAGCAUCUUCCACCUGCAGGAGCUGGAGUACUCGUCUUGGCUGUCGGGGGCGAGAGCCAUUGCAGAGCUGCUGUGUGACAGGUUGGGGGUUCGGAGGUGUGCGCUGGUCAGCAGACCCCACAGAGACAGACCUGCCCAGAUCCGUGUCCUCCCACUACACGGUCUGGAUGCAGAGUGGCGUCCACACCUGGCAGGAGAUGAAGAGCACAAUGCCCACGACCCGGGGUACUGCACCUCCAAGACCGCCCCACGAUGGAGUGACUCCAGCCUGACUGAAAUCCAAACCAAGAUUCGAGCCAAGCUGCCGUUACCUAAUGCCCCUCCCAAUCUGACUUUCCUCGGGGAGGAUCUGGCUCACCCUGGUCUGUUCUCGCGCAUUGUUCGUGGGGAGGAGCAGCAGUGGCGGGUGUGGGAGGAUGAGAGUCAUGUGGCUUUUCUCACGCCAUUCCCUAACUCCCCUGGCUUUACUGUGCUGGUCCCACGCCGACCUUUGACCUCUGAUAUAUUCAGACUAGAAAAAGAUGACUAUAAAGGACUGGUGCUGGCAACGAGAAAGGUGUCACUCCUCCUCGAGGAAGGAUUGGGUGCUUGCGGGGUGGGUCUUAUUUUUGAGGGUUUUGAGAUUGACUAUGCUCAUGCCAAGUUAAUACCACUGUUUCUACCACCACCAUCCGGGGCAGGAGAUAACAUCACUAAACCCAGACUGCCCCAGUUUUACCCCACUUACCCUGGAUUUGUGACUUCAGAGGAUGGACCUGAGGCCAGCCUGGAGAGUCUAAAGGAGAUACACACCAAAAUUACUCAGAUUUAAAACUAAUAAGUAAAGUUUGGUUCCUACUUGUUUGCUCACCAGUCACCAUCAGCUGUGUCUUUAGCCAGUCACGCUAACACAGUGAUGCUGCUUUGCACAAGUUUGUGUAUAAACUGCCAAGCAAAACAGUGCCAAAAUAAGUGAUUUGUUGCUCCUAGAGUUUAACAUCGUAUUAAGAAAUCAAACAUGAUUAAAGAAUUGAACACAGCUGUGUUGAGGCAGCAUAACCUGCAUAUCAGACCAGCUCUAACACUGGUAAACAGCCACGUGCCUCUGCUUAUUCAGGACACUGAAUGUUAAACCUCAGAGAUUUUAAGUGAAGUACAGCUGAUGAUUUAUACUUUGUCUAUUCAUGUCUAUUCCUAAAUAUAAUAUAGCACAGUCAUUUCAGCUAAUACAUUAUAUGUAUUGUGAGGCUUAUAUGGAUUUUAAAUAACAAGCAUUUUUUAAAUAUCUGUGUAAAAUUCACUUUCUGAAAUCAAAAUAUGAAAUGCAAAGACAAUCCUGCUCUUAAAAUUGCUUCACACGCAAAUGUACAAUUUAUUGAGUUUUUAAUCAAAAUAAAGACUUGUUUAGAGUUGUUACUUCACAGUCAUUACUCUGCAUAUUUGUGUUCCUUUAUUAAUUACACUGUUAUGUAUUUAGUUUGUUAACCACUUACAUAAUCUGCCUGCCCGCUCAUUACAUUGCUGCUAAUUGGUCCCACAGUGUGUUUCUGAUUAUGAGGCUUAAUUAAUGAGUGGCUUCAUCGGUGCUCUGUAAACCAGGCACUGCUCCAGGCUGUCAUUAAAGUGGACAAAAA